CGACAGAGUUCGGCAACAACUUCACUAACAGAGUCAUUCAAGUCCCUUUGUGAAUGAGAAGAGGAAGCGAGUCUUUUAUUUUGGUCUUCCAAUGUCAAAAGUUUUCGUUUUUCCCUCCAGUUUCAUUUCAGUCGUAGUGUUGGUGCGAUCCACGAGUAUUUAAAGUUGCGGCUGGGGUAGCUUCAUUGCAGACAAAAGAGCAGUUUAAAGGAAUAGUUGGUUUAAGUUAUAAGUUUGCAUUAUUAUUCAUAAGUUAGCAUUAUUAGUUUCGUGCAGCUUACCACAAGUAUCUAGGCUAAUCACCAGGAAAUCACCAAUACAUCGACAUCGUGUUUGGACUUUUUCGUUGUUCAUUAUGCCAUACCGGAGGCCCAGAUGAAAAUGAAAAUUACAGAUGAGUUAAUAAAGAAGAAGUAUUUUUGUGCUUUCAACCUGGAGGAUGGAACCGACUGGACUGCCGAACUUUGGAAUUGAUGAACACAGCAGUGGCUGCAUCAGUGACUGCAGCAGUGAAUACAGCAUUGGUUCACACCAGACGGGCGAUCAUGCAGCGAGAUCGAUUGACACAGAGGAGGAGCUUGGGGCUCUCAGGGAGGAGGCGGGCCAAGGCGCCACUCUGCUUGUGGGAAACCAUGGCAACAUCCUCUGGUUGGAGGUUAAAGUUGACAUGGAUGUGACCCCAGAGGCGGUUCUCUCUCACGCCUCCCUCACACUGUCACACACUGCGGAGAUGGACUGCAUCAGAAACUUCCUCCACACAUUUCACACACUCAGACGGUCAACACAAAAUCAUCCUGCUGCUCUGUUCUCCUCCCUGCGCCGUCUCUCUGGCCUGGAGCACUUGGUGCUGGGCGUGAGCUGCCUGACGGUCCGCUGGGUCACUGAGGCCUUAGACUUCAUCCAGAACUGUCCCUCUACGAGCAAACCUCUUAAGCUGCAGAUUGUUGGGUGGAGGAGUAAAUCAAAGGAGAGUCUUUGUUCAGCAGUGUGUUUGACAAGAGAGGCUAGCAGCCUCAGAUUGAGUCUUUUAGUUGAGCAGGAUCUCAAAGCAGCGGUCUCAGACAUCACGCUUACCCUGUCACAGUCACCAGAGAGCCAUCCUGGCGUCAACUUUGGUUCAUUUCUCCUUGGGCUUCACACAUAUAGACAUUUUGGAGGAAGAGGUCAGGUACGUGUAGGCAAUCUGCUAGCCUCUCUGCUCCACCUGCCUGGUCUGAAGACAGUUGAGCUGAGGAUGAGCUGUCUGUCUGUCGGCUGGGCUGCUUGCAUCCUCUGCCUCAUCCACCAGUGCGCCAGUGUAGAGCAGCUAAAAGCCACAGAGGAGGAGUGGGGGUCACAUGGCAAAGAACAGAGUUUCUGCUCAUCCCUCAGUGUCCAGAGAAGAUCCGGCAGCCUCAGGCUCGAUGUUAAUGUUCCCAGACCCACCGCCUCUGAUGCAGCAGUGUCAAACAUCUCACUCACACUGUCACAUUUCUCAGACGUGGCCUCAAGCAGCACUGAUUUAUGCAACUUUCUUAAUGAGUAUUACACUAUCAGACGACGUACAGAAAUAAGUCCAGAGUGUGCUGCUCUCCUCUCCUCUCUGGCCUCCCUGUCUGGUCUGGAGAUCAUAGAGAUGGAGAUGAGCUGCCUGACUGUGAAUUGGGCGGCCAGGAUCCUGUGCCUUCUCACCAGCUGCCCCAGUCUAAAGGAAGUACAGCUUGUGGAGCUUGAGUGUGAGUGGAUGAAAUACAGACAGUGGGCGCCUAAAGAGACAGGAAGUAGAGUGGAGAGUCUCUGUUCAUCUCUUUCUGUUAAAAAACAUGACAGCAGUCUGGAUAUCACACUUGACACAGCACUAAACGCAGUGGGUCUGGAUAUCACACUUGACACAGACACAGCACGAAACGCAGUGCAGUCACACAUCUCGUUCACCCUCUCAACUUCCUCAGAGGUGGAAUACACGGACUUAAGAGAUUUUCUUCAGAAACUGCUCAACCUGAAGUAUUCAACACAGCAAAGUGAAGAACAUCUUGAAAGUCUACGUUCUUUCUUGCACUCUUCACCUGGUGUGGGGGAGGUGGACUUGGAUUUCAGAUACAUCCCUGACCCCUGGGCCACAGCCAUCCUCUCCCUCCUCCACACCUCCUCCACUCCAGAUGAAACGCAACAGGAUCCCCCAGCUGAGCGUCAGAGAAGUUUGAGGAGGAGCUGCCAAUCAUGUUCAAACAUCCCAGACUCCACCCACUGGGAUCUGAUGGAGCCCUACAUCUCCAUGGAGACAGGGGUGUCGGUGUACAACCUCAGCUCUCAGGCAGGGAGUUAUGAGUGUACAGUGUCGGGUUUGCGCUGGGUGUGUGGUGGUGACGUCACCCUGCAAUAUCACUUCAGCACUGAGGAGCUGUUCUCUGCCCAGCUGGAGAUGUUACAGUACAGACCCAUCAGUCCUUUGAUGGACAUCAAGGUUCUCUCAGGUGAACUGGACGAGAUCCAUCUGCCCCACUCCCUCUGUGUUGGAGUUUCUGAAUAUUUUAGGUUAAGUGAUGCAGUGAGAGUUCUGCAUGGGGAUGACAGCGGGGUUUCCCUGGAGAAGUGCGAGCUGAUGCGCUUCCAUGCCAAGCUUGUCAAGCCCAGCUUCUCUCUGAUGGAGGUCCUUGUGAGUCUGGGUGUCCCUGUAAAGACCCACUGCGAGGUGUUGAUCUAUCAGUCCUACGCAACACCCCUCAUUCUAAACACAUUUGUUGUGCCGAACGCAUCCACAGCGAAGAAAGCCAUAGAGGAGAAAUGGAAAAGCCUCGGCUUACACAUCGAGAAGUCUCCACCCAAGGAAUCUUUCUGGAUAAAUACAAACCUCCACUUAUCCACUUCCUGCCUGUCUAGAAUCAUACCAGAGGAGAUCAGUCUAACUUAUAACACUUCUCCAGCCUACUUUGAAGUGUGCAUUAAAAAGCCAGACGACGAAUUUGAAAUGGAGCUGAUGGUUGCAGAGGUUAGACCGAUAUGGAAAGCUGCUAUUCGAAAGGGAGCCGACUACAAGACGGCCAUGCCAACACACUCUGCUGACCAGGGUGGAGCUGUGAGCCUUCCCACAGAUGCUGAGGUCCUUCCAGUGGCAUCCUCAAUAAUGGCUGAAGGAGCAAGCCUGAUGUCUGCACCAGCACUUUCACGUAACCAGGUUCAGGGGGACCUGAUUGUAACUAAUAAUUUUCUAGCACAACCACCUUGAGCAGCAUCUUCUAAGGACAAUUGAAUGGUUCCUGCAGGCACCAUUGCUACGACUGCUGGCCUCUCGCUCCCAGGGAGCGGCAUUCUGGGAUUGAUCUCGACCACAUGAGGGUUUGCUCCCCUUCAGUGCCAGAUGCCAUGUGGCAAAACACAUAGGACAUUUAAAGCACUCAAAAGUCAGGUAAAACCCGUAAAACACAAAUACUUGCUUAUUUGUAUAUAUUUGUAUAUCUAUGAUAUACAAAGAUAGUGACUUGGACCGAGUCAUAAACUAUUUUAGCUAAUCAACCAGUUGCGUCAGGACCAUGCAAAGGUAGGGGUGUCAUUUCUUUGGCUGCUGAGCCCAAAUAUCAAUAACCAUUGAAUCGUGGAUUGUAUGUUUAAAUACUGACAAUGGAGAGGUUUGGGUUUGUUAUUUAUGUAACAUUGAAUGUGUAGGGUACAGUAAGAGUGUUGAAUGUGUAGAGUAAGAGUGUUGAAUGUGUAGGGUACAGUAAGAGUGUUGAAUGUGUAGAGUAAGAGUGUUGAAUGUGUAGGGUUCAGUUAGAGUGUUGAAUGUGUAGAGUAAGAGUUUUGAAUGUGUAGGGUACAGUUAGAGUGUUGAAUGUGUAGGGUUCAGUAAGAGUGUUGAAUGUGUAGGGUACAGUUAGAGUGUUGAAUGUGUAGAGUA